AUGAACAUGACAAUAUUUUUUGAAGCGGUUUUUCGAUCAUGCUGUUCUUUAAUUAUUGCUCAAGGAAGAGCAACAUUAGCAGCAACAAUACAAAUAAUUGUUUUAUUAUCAAAGCUUGCUUUGGAUCCUCUUAUGAUUUUUGUAUUUAAAGCUCCGAUAAAUGCUAUGGGACUUUCAGAAUCAUUAAUUAGUAUCAUUGCUUCAGUUUCUCUUUUGAUUGCUGCAUUUUGUGGAAAAUUUUCGGCAAAACCAAAGCUUACACAUUUCAUUAAGAAGUUUUCAUCUCAUUUUUGGGAUUUCCUGAAAUUAUGUAUUCCUGUUAUUUUCCAGAUAACAAUUGGAGUAGUAAUUCCAAUUAUGACUUCUGCAAUCCUAGUGAAAGCGGCAAUAAAUGAAGGCCAUCUCACCGAAUUUUCUACUUGUUUUUCAGCUGCGGGAAAAGUAUUAACAAUGCUUUCGGCUAUUAUGCAAGGUUCUAUUUCUGGUUUGGCUCCUUCAGGAACUUAUGCUUUUCAUAAAGGAAACAUUAAAAGAAUGUAUAAACUUGCAGGAUGUUCAAUAAUCAUGCCUGCAAUUAUUGGAGUCACUGUUUGCAUAUUAAUGGUAUUUUUCCCAAAGAAAAUACUCGUGAUUUGGAUUUCUGAUAAUAUAUUAGAAAUGGCUCCUUAUGUUGCGCCUAAAUUGUCCUUCUUAGCAUUCUUGGAACCAAUAACUAUUAUUACAAAUCAACUUUUGUUUAUUUUCAAGAAAAAGAUAUUGGUGACAAUUAUUCCAAUAGUUAAAGCAAUAUUUUUGCUCUCAUCGGCUGCAAUUUUCUAUUGGAAAUAUCCAGCCCAACCAUCAAAAAUACUAUUUUGCUAUCCAAUCCAAGAUCUUUCAUGUCUUUUGAUGUCGAUAAUAUUCUUUGUAUUUACAUAUAGAAGAGCUGAAUCAUAUCAUACUAUAGUUGACAAUGUGAAUCAGCCUUUAGUGGAUUAA